ACCCGAUUAGUCUCUCUCUACCCUGUUCUAUCUAACUUUCUCAGUUCCAUUUCUCUUUCUCAAUCAAAUCGUAAUCUGAAAAUGGCGAAUCGAUCAGCUCUUCUCCGACUAUCUCAAAAAGCCCUAACCACCGCCGCUUCUCCUUCCCGGAAUCGCCACCUCCUCAGCCGGAGGUUUUCAACAGAUGUAGCGGCGGUGGCAACAUCAACCAAGACAAAUAUAAUUCAAUCGCUAGAUCGUGUAAAAUGGGAUUAUAGAGGUCAGAGAAAGAUCAUCCCUCUAGGUCAGUGGAUCCCUAAGACGGCCGUCGAUGCUUAUGUCGCUCCUAAUGUUGUACUUGCCGGUCAGGUCACUGUCUGCGACGGUGCCUCCGUCUGGAAUGGUGCCGUUCUCCGCGGCGAUCUCAACAAGAUCACUGUUGGGUUUUGUUCUAAUGUCCAGGAACGAUGCGUUAUCCACGCUGCUUGGUCUUCUCCUACAGGGUUGCCUGCUGAGACAUUCAUUGAGAGGUUUGUGACAAUUGGUGCAUACAGUCUUCUGCGAUCAUGUACAAUAGAACCCGAGUGUAUAAUUGGUCAACACUCGAUCCUUAUGGAAGGAUCUCUAGUGGAAACUCAUUCGAUUCUGGAAGCAGGAUCUGUUGUGCCACCGGGAAGAAGAAUUCCUUCAGGUGAAUUGUGGGCUGGAAAUCCAGCAAGAUAUGUACGAACACUCACGCAUGAAGAGACUUUGGAAAUUCCUAAACUCGCUGUGGCUAUUAAUGAUUUGAGCCGCGCCCAUUUCUCCGAGUUUCUCCCUUACUCUACUGUCUAUUUGGAGGUCGAGAAAUUGAAGAAGCAGUUAGACAUCUCCUUAUAAAUUUAUCUUUUUUUUCUUUUGUGGCUGUCCGAUAUACUGGUCGUGCUUCUGCCAUUGAUUCGAUUUCUUGUGGAUACAAUUGUUGUUUUUGUGACUCAAUAAUUAUAUACUGGAUUUUUACAUGAAUAUGUAUUAAUCAAUUAUUGGUUUGCUUCCAUUGA